AUGUCGCAGUGGUGCAGCACGCCGGCUCCCCAGAAAAAUGAGUCGAGUGAUGCUGAGAGAGCUACCAAAUCCGGCGACCAUGAGAGUGCUGCGCAGAGUGAAGAGCAUGAUCCCCGCCGCCAUCAAUCUCGAGCACGCGCUCAGAAAACUGUAAGGCCAAACUUGAGCCAUGGGGCAGAACCCACUUCUAAUGGAAUACAGUCUGCUACUUUGGCGCACUCUGAGCCCCUGAAUCAUAUUCCAACACGUCCGGUUAUCGCUGCAAAGACAAGAUUGGAAAGGGCAAUGCUUGGCCUCGAAGUCGAGAAACGGUCUCAUGAUCAGACGAGAAAAGAGCUAGAUAGACUCAAGCAAAUCCUGAAAAACAAAAAUGAAGAGCUUCACCAGGUUGGAAGCGACAAGGAGAAGUGGGAGCGGCUGGCUGUGGAGCGACUGAAAAAGUUCAAAGGAGCCGCACAGGAGCUGAACCAGCUCAUUAUCAGCACUCAAGUCUUUGGCAAAGUGAAUGACAGUGAUUUGCUCGCCAAAGCCGAGCAGCUACGAGGAGAUAUUGACAACCUUAGUUACUGUCACCUGAAAGAACCCAAGGAUCUCGAUAUUUCCGAUGCGACCUAUAAACUCUUCGAACAACGGCUGGGGUUGCCCCAAGCUACAACAGUGAAAUAUUUCCAAUCUCCGUUGUCGCCCUCAGAGCUGGUGCAAGCGUUCAUAUGGCAGACUCUCCGUGUCCGCGUUUUCGGGCGUUUCCGUUGGAUGCCCCAAUCUUCUGAGUCAAUGAGUGCCAUGAGUGGCUUUCUUGAGCAAUUCCUGACGUCUGGCUCGAAUGCUAUCCCCGAUGCAAAACGCAGAUUCCACACAUGGAGGGCGACAACUACCAAUGUAAUGGCGGAAGUCGUAGGAUUGGAUACCGACAAGGUUUCAAAUUAUAUUGAAAAGUUUUCUGAAGAGCAGGCUCGACUGACUACAGAGGAACUACAUGGACUUGUCAAGUUAUCAUCGCACCAGAAAGUCGAGGAUGAGCUCUGUGCGAUAUUCGACGAUUCUGUGACUCUGAGUGAGAUGAUUGAUACACAGCUAGCUUGUAUUACCUGGUCCGAUGUUAAGCACAGGGCAGCCGACAGAUCUGCUUUGGGCAGGGCGGAACCUCAAUCCGGAAGAAGUCGCUCGAGUGACAAUCGGGACUCCAGACUGCUGGUGGCCCCGGGACUUGUGAGGAGUGGAAGAUCAUCGGGGGAUAAGUUUGACGUUGAAGUGAUUGAGAUCUUGCCCCCGUUGUUCAAAUUGAUUGGAUAG